AUGUCUACACAACCUUCCAUCACUUCCGUCUCCUUCGAGCAACAUGCUUCUGGCCUGGGAAUCGGGAAUCCGAGCCCCCGCAUCUCUUGGAGAUUUGGGGCAGACAGCGAGACCGCCCCGAACUGGGAGCAAAAGGCUUAUGAUAUCGAAAUAUCGCGAGCAAGUGGUUCAGAGAACUAUCACACUGAAACCUCCCAAUCGAUCCUGGUCCCCUGGCCGAGCCAGCCCCUGCAGUCCCGCGAGGUGGCUCAAGUGCGGGUGCGUGCAUACGGUAGCUCCACUACAGAGUCGACUGCUUGGUCACCGUGGGCUACUGUUGAAUGUGGAUUGUUACAACGUGAAGAUUGGGUGGCACAGGCAAUCACUAGCCCUAACAAGCAAGCUGACGGCCCACUCCGUCCCCUGCGCUUUCGGAAGACCUUUACCCUAUCAAGCACCGCUAUUCAGCAGGCUCGCCUCUAUAUCACCAGCCUUGGAGUAUUCCAGGCAUAUAUCAAUGGUACUCCAGUCGGAGAUCACUGCAUGGCGCCGGGCUGGACAAGCUAUAAACACAGGCUGAACUAUGAGGUCUUCGAUAUUGCAUCUCUGCUCCAGCAAGAGGAGAACACAAUCGCCGUCGAGGUCGCAGAAGGUUGGUAUGCCACACGUCUGGGAUUUCUCGGUGGUCGACGUUUUCUCUACGGCGAUGAAAUAGCAUUGAUCGCGCAGCUGGAGAUUACAUCUGACCAAGGGACUCAGACGAUUGUAACCAACUCCUCAUGGAAAAACCACGUCUCGGCUCUUAUCACGAGCGAAAUCUAUGAUGGCGAGGUAUACGAUGUCCGAGAGGAGCAAGAAGGUUGGAUCAGAACCAACUUCGCGGCAGAGGAAUCCUGGGAUGCAGUCCGCGAGGUUGAAUUCCCUAAUACAGCACUGGUAGCGCCUAAUGCGCCUCCCGUACGGGUCACCGAGAUUGUCAAGCCAGCCGAGAUUAUCACAUCACCAUCUGGCAAGACUAUUGUCGAUUUCGGUCAGAACCUCGUCGGUCGUGUCCGCAUCCCGUGCCUGACUAUUCCCGCCAACCACACCGUCACCCUCAUCCAUGCGGAAGUACUCGAGAACGGGGAACUCGGUAUCCGCCCCCUUCGCGUAGCCAAAUGCACCGACACCAUCACCUCUGCCGGCACUGAGAUCCGCAAUUGGGCUCCUCGUUUCACGUUCCACGGCUUCCGCUACGUCCAGAUCGAUGGCUGGAGUCCCAACGACACCACCAACCCGCUCACUCUAACCAGCCUCGUCGCCGAAGUCAUGCACACCGACCUUGCGCGCACAGGCUGGUUCAACUGCUCCCAUGCCAUGAUCAACAAGCUCCAUGACAAUGCAACCUGGAGCAUGCGCGGCAAUUUUCUCAGCAUCCCCACCGACUGCCCCCAGCGCGACGAGCGUCUGGGCUGGACCGGCGACAUCCAAGUCUUCGCUCCAUCCGCUAGCUUCCUCUAUAACACUGCCGGCAUGCUCGGCGACUGGCUGCAAGAUCUAGCUGCCGAACAGCUAGCAUUACCGAACGCCAUCCCUCCCUUCGUCAUCCCGAACGUCAUCUCCGAGGCCCUCUGGCCUGUCUUCCCCCAGGCUAUCUGGGACGACGUCACCGUCCUCCUUCCCUGGACCCUUUAUCAGAGCUACGCUGACUCCGCCAUUCUACGCCGCCAGUACCCCAGCAUGACCGCCUGGCUGGACCGCGGUGUGCAGCGCGGCCCGGACCGCCUCUGGGACGACACCCUUUUCCAGCUCGGUGACUGGCUCGAUCCCACCGCGCCUCCGGACGCCCCGGGCAAUGCCCGAACCGACGGCACGCUCGUAGCAGACGCAUACCUAGUGCAUGUCACGCGCACACUGGCCACCGUGGCGGGCGUGCUCGGUGAAGCCGCCGAUGCGGCCCGGUACAAUGCAGACUAUGCAGCGCUGAAAGCCCGCUUCCAGACCAAGUAUGUCGCGCCGGAAGGCUACCUUGUCGGCGACACGCAGACGGCACUUAGUCUGGCGCUGGUGUUCGAGCUGCUAGAUGACCCAGAGCAGGUCGCAGCGGCGGGGGCGCGGCUGGCUCGGCUAGUGCGCAAGGCGCGGUUCCAGGUGUCGACCGGGUUUGCGGGGACGCCGAUCAUCACGCACGCGCUGACAAAGGCUGGGUAUGCGCAGCUAGCGUACCGCAUGGUGCAGGAAAAGAGCUGUCCCUCGUGGAUGUAUCCGAUUACCAUGGGGGCGACAACGAUCUGGGAACGGUGGGAUAGUAUGCGUCCCGACGGAAGCGUGAAUCCCGGGGAGAUGACCAGUUUCAAUCACUAUGCGCUGGGCUCGGUGAUUAACUGGUUGCACAAGUCUGUGGCUGGAGUGAGUCCGCUAGAGCCCGGGUGGAGGGAGGUGCUGGUGCGUCCCUGCCCUGGCGGCACGGUAACGAGCGCGGAGGCUGUUUAUGAGACGGCUUAUGGGAGACUGGAGUGCCGGUGGAAGAUCGAGGGAGGCGUCUUGCGGCUGGAGGUUGUAGUACCGCCGAGUUCAAGGGCGAAUAUUAUAUUGCCGGGUGGUGCUGCGGAUGGGAAGGGCGAGUGGGUUGGGUCUGGGAGGUAUACCUUUGAGUUGGAGUUUGAUUCACAGGUUGGGUGGCCACCAAAGCCAUUGGUCCCCCCAAUGUGGGAAGUGGAAGACUCUUAUGUGUAG